ACUUAUUCUCUCUCCGUGUCUCUCUCGUGCAUUGGCUGUCUGUCUGACAUCUUGACUUCAGUGAGUGGACUGACUGCUAAUGGUUGGCAUUUCCCCAUCACAGAGGAGAGGACGUGUACUGGGUUGAAAACCAUCAGUCUGUCGGUUGUCUUCUCUCAUCAGAGUGCUUCUAACCGGAGUGGGCACAGCUCUCUUCCUGUCGUCAUGUGGGACUCUGGUCUGGCAGUAACUCAAAGGUUCUGAAGCCUCCCCUCAGGCUGUCUGAAUGGACAUCUCCUGUGCCUGAGGGUUACUGAAGGAGACAGAAGUUCUUGACCCACUUUGGAGAACCAUUGUCGACAACAAGCUGAGUCCCACAACUGACAGAACUUGGCUUUUCUCCAAUUCGAGCCAAACAACACCUUUUAGUGCAAUAAUUCAAAAGAAGACUUUGUAUUAGUCCAUCAGAGAGCUGAGAAGGGCCUGGCUCGGGCACAUUGAACGUCACGAUGAAGUGCAAAUGCUCUCCCGCGAAUCACAACCUGUGCCGUGGCAGAUAGUCAGCCAGUUUGAAACCAUGCAGAACAAUAACCAUGGAAAAUGUUGAUGCAAUUUACUGGACAGCGGCAUUAACAUGAGGAACUACUCCAGUUUGGACCUGAACAAAGAUAGAGAAACAGAUGGAUAAAACAAACUUCAACUUGACUUGCGUGACCAUCUCUAAUAGCCCUAUCAGUGACUUCCUGAUGGGCAUCUACAUCCUGGCCUUUAUCCUGGGCUUGGCCUUUAACCUAUUGACCCUUGGCCCCAUCGUCCAGCAGGUCCGCAGCCAGAACACCCUGGGGGUAUUCCUGCUCAACCUGUCCCUGUCUGACCUACUCUAUAUCUUUACCAUGCCUCUCUGGAUCAACUACUACCACCGGGACCACCACUGGAGCCUGGGCAGCCUCUCCUGCAGCGUGGCCGGCUUCUUCUACUACUCCAACAUGUACCUUAGCAUCUACCUGCUGUGCUGCAUCUCUGUGGACCGCUGCCUGGCCGUCACCUACCCCCUGAGGACCAAAGCCUUCCGCAGCGUGCGCUACGCCUGGGUGCUUUGUCUGGUCGUGUGCGUGACUGUCAUGUCCGGACACGGCCUGGUGCUGUUCAAGGACAACCUGCAGGACGCCCACGAUGACACGCAGGACCGCUGCUACGAGACCUACCCCAUGCCGCAGCCCGUGGCCCUGUUCAACCUGCUGCGGGUGGGCAUCGGCUUCCUGCUGCCCCUGCUGGUGCUGGGGCUGUGUUACUGGAGGAUCAUGGGCCAGGUGAAGCAGAGUGAGGGGCUGGGGGAGCAGGCUAAGAGGAAGAUACGGCUGCUGUCCUUCGGGGUGAUCGGGAUUUUCUCUGUGUGCUUCGCCCCCUACCACCUCCUCCUGCUGACCCGCUCCCUGGCCUACUACCACAUGGACGAAAAGAUGUACUGUCAGUUUGAGCAGAAAAUGCACUUCCCUUUCUCGUGCACGCUGGCCCUGUCCAGCCUGAACAGUGUGGUGGACCCAGUGCUGUAUGUGCUGGUCAGUAACGGGGUGAGGGAGGACAUGAGACUGUGCUUCUGUGGGAACAGACAGGGUCAGAGGGAGAGAGAAAGUCCCCUCUCCACUGAACCAUGGAACACACAUAUGAUCUGAUUACAUACUGAUUACAUACUGUGUGUUUGUGUGGAGGGUUGGGUAGGUUACUUUCUAAAUGUAAUCCAUUAGUUACUAGUUGCCUGUCCAAAAUUGUAAUUAGUAAUGUAACUUUUGGAUUACCCAAACUCACUCUCAGUUACUUUUGGAUUGCCUUCCCUUUUAAGAGGCAUUAGAAGAAGACAAAGGAUCCAUUCAAAGCAUUUGGUAUGUCAUCAUAGUGGUCUCUGACUCACCCAGGUGGAACAAACUGAUGCUUUUUCCAAUGCUGAAUUGAAUGUCAUUGAGAAAACAGAAUGUUGUCAUAAGGUGUCUGAAUUUAAAAGUAGUCUAAGUAAUCAUGUUGUCGGUAAUCUGGCUAGAAUAUCUUUGCUGGUAACGUAAGUGAAUACAGUUACAGUUUUAUUGUAAUCAAAUGACGUGUAACUGUGAGCGUGUGUGUUGUAUUUACGCCCUUCGUCUAUUGCAGUAAAUCCCUUCCGUGCACAUUGUAAAAAGGACGGCAUGUUUGUUCUGUGUGACUUCAAUAACAUGUUCUUUCAUAUCAACCCACUUUCAUAGUCAAUCAGGUUGUCUUUUUAAAAUGUUCAAAGAAAAGCCUUUGUGAAGCUUUUCUUAACAUUCCGCUUGGUGAUGAGGAUGGGUAUUGUGUUUCUGAAUUGGAGCUUUCUAUUAAUGCCUGUCCUCAUUGGUAAGGAAAAUCCUUUCAAAGGCUGUCUGUUCUGGCUUUAUGUUAUAGGAUUGCUCCGCUUGAAGGGCCCUCGACUCUCUUCAGGCCUGCCACGGGUUUUUAUUGACAUGUGCUUGGUUUACAAAUGAACCUUCUUGUUCUAAUUUGCCUGUUUGUGGACUGACAUGAAUCAGAAGAACAUUUGUCAAGUAUAUAUAUACUGUAUAUCCCAAACUAAAUCUACGUCAUAAACAAUACUGGCGUUGAAAUCAAAGAACAUACAGUACUGGACAUUGAAGACAUGUCGUACAAAUGUUCACCCAAUAAACAUAAAAGGAAGCUA